CGGUUCUUUAGACGGUUGACCAACAGUCAACUUAUUUUCUUUCUUUUCAAAACGAUUUAGGUGUUACGGGUUUCUCAUGAACUCUUUGACCACCGGUCAAACCAAUUUAGACUUUCACCAAAGUCAAACCACUUAACAUUUAUUGCCUAUGACGGAGAUAGCCUCAAUCCGUAAUACCGAAGAUGGCCUCAAUUCGGUGGAGGUAGGAUCCCUCGGGCGAUGGCCUCAAACCCAAGAUCGCAGACCCUCGUGCGCACGUCUUAACCUCACUGACCAGGCCCUGCAGCCGCCCGAGCGAUGGCCAGUUUCUAUGUUCAACACAAUAAACCAAUUGACCUUAUUCACCAAUUAGAAUUAAUUAAUUAACUUAACUAAU